CAUAUGCGAAAGAUGAGAACGACGACACUUCAAAAAUUUCAGACAAAACAAAAAUAUUUUCAAAAAGCUAAAUUGAGAAGAAAAUUGUUUCUCUGAUUGAUGAAUAUGGCGGCUAUGCAACUGUCGAGCACAGCUUCUUGCGGUCUCUUUAGAGCUUUCCCUGAGAGCCGAGCUCCUCCCAGAACUCCUGCGGUGGUGAUUGGUCGGAAACACUCUCGUGUCAUUUUUGCUUCAUCGGUCAAUAACCAUUCUAAGGGAAGAAACGAUCCAGUAGAGAAAGCAAGAGACUCAAGGGCUGAUUUGGCAAAUGAUUCAAGGAAAUGGAGAGAAGAAUCUGGCGAAGAUUUAGAGGCUUGCAAAGAGCAAGCUAAGGACAAAGCUUAUGAUAUGAAAGACAAGACUAAGGACAAAGCUUAUGAUGUGAAAGAGAAGACGAGAGGUUAUGCGGAAGAGACUAAGGAUAAAGUGAAUGAAGGAGCGAGUAGAGCAGCUGAUAAAGCUUACGAGACGAAAGAGAAGGCCAAGGACAAAGCUUAUGAUGUGAAAGAGAAGACGAAAGAUAAAGCGGAAGAGACAAAAGAUAGAGCCAAGGAAUAUGCAGAGGAUUCAAAGGAGAAAUCAGAGGAUUUGGCUCAGGGGUUUAAGGAAAAGGCCCAAGAUGUUGGGGAAAAGACUAUGGAGACAGUGAAAGAUGCGUGGGAGACGGCUAAGAGCACAGCUCAGAAGGUCACAGAGGCAGUGGUUGGGUCCGGUGAGGAGGCGGAUAGGGAACGGCAUGAUGUUGACAAGGGCGUGGAAGAUUUGUCGAAAAAAGCUAAGGAAAAUUGGAAAGACGAUGAUGAUGAUCUAAAGGGGUUCUAAGAUCAUCAAUAUAUAUAUAUAUAUAUAGAUAUACACUAGUCAAAAGUGUUCCUCUUUGUGUUUGAAGUUUUCUGUUUCAGAACUUUGACAGUUUCAGAUUUUUACAGUCGCUUUCCUAGGUUUGAGAUUGAUCUGUGAAGAAUAUCAUGUGAUCGUCAAAGACUUAAGUCUAAAUCUUACUUAAUAGAUUAAGGAGUCAUGAAUAAGAGAUAAUAAUCUUCGACUGUU